UGUGUCGUCCAUAGUCUGGUCGUCCACCCCAAACAAAAUGACUCACAAGAAUGGCUAUGUCCAAGUACCGACAUUCGAUUCUGAUGAAGGCCCUCCACCCUUUCAGCAAAAGUCUUCACCCAAUUCAAGCUCUUGGACCAACAGACUAAAACCAGGACUCUUCAUUAAUUUCGGAAAGGACAGACAUCAGGUACAAAGUGAAUCCGAAGAAGUAGAAAUGGCCACAUUUAAAAGAAAGAAACCAAAGCACAAGCGUUCAAAGGGCUCAAAGAGUCCAACUACGAAGAAACCACCAAUAGAAGUAAUUGUAGAGCCUUUGGUACCAGGAGAUACAAUUCAGAGAGUGGCAUUGAGAUACGCUUGUCCGGUGGCUGAGUUACGCAGAAUUAAUAAAUUGUAUAAUGACACAGAUUUUUAUGCACUAAAGUCGAUAAAGAUACCAGUGAAAGAGAAUGGGUUAUUAACUGAUGCUGCUGAAAGAGAAAAAAGACGAAUUACUGUGGCUGAAAAUGUUAGCAAGUCUGGUACACAAAGUUCAAACUCUGAUGAUCAUCAUUUUGGUGGACCAGAAUCGUAUUAUAAUUCUGAUGUAUCGCAAGAUGCUGAUGAUGAAUGUGGUGAAGAAUCUGAUGGAACUGAGUAUAGAGAUAUUAGUAUACAAAGUGCACUAAAAUGGAAACACACUGGGCAGUCUCUUCUGGAGAAACUAGAUGAAGAUCUUCAGCGUGUGAAAGAUCAAACUAACAUUCAAGAAGUUCGAUUAACUUUUGACACUCCCUCAAUUCACCCUGUGACAGUAAAAGAGUAUACCAAGACAUUGUUUGAAAUACCAGAUUGGAGAAUUUUACUAGUGUGUGCAGUUGGUAUAAUUAUUUUGAUUGUUGUUGGUGCUGUUGUGACAUGCGCAAGAGGCCACUGUCCAUUCACAUAGUCAAAUUAACCAUCAAUUUCAUGUUCAUUGUGUUGCAAUAAUGUUAUUAUUUAA